AUGCCAAGGAGGUCGCUCGAUGUCGGACAAGGAGGCUCGGUCGUUUCAAUGGAUCAAUCACAGCGCAAGAGCGAGCGGUCGCACGAGGAGAACCAGGAACGGGCAUACAUUGCUGCCUCGAGACGGGCUGACCGGAGUAUCGAGGCUCGCGUCCAAUCCGCGCGCAUGGCGAGCGAUAUCCACAAGAAACGCACUGGCAAAGGCUUUCGCAUCACCGAGGAGAUUGUUAUGAAAGAGGAGAUGUACGAGGAGGAGGACGAUGAUUAUCCCCGCUCGUUCCGAAUACUGCAAUCGAACAUGCAGACCGACUCGCCCGAGCUAAAUUCCCGGGUCGAGGCUUACCUGUCCAAUAGGAUGGCCAUGUCGGCUCUGCUGGCGAGAACCAACGAUGAAUGGCGGGAGAAUGAAAUCAACAGGCUCUUCGCACAGUCUUUCCCAAACGCCGACCAGCAAGCCCAGCAACUCUCCCAGGGCAUGCCAGGUCCCAUGUACAACGUGCAGCCCCAGAGCCCUGUCGAGCGACCCGUUUUCCAGUCCGUCUCCUAUGUCCCGCGAUCCAGGCAUCGCAGCCAGGCACGGUCAAGGUCAGUCGCCUCCCCCACCAAUGUCACGUCCCCCGUCGCCCCGACGCCCAACUCGAUCCCGGCUACGCCAAGCAUGGACAGCGCCAUGAGCCCCGGCACACCCCUGGACUUUGGCUCCUCCGGCGGCUCUGCCUUCACCGCGGAGCUGCCGCCGGAGGCCAAGAUGCUCAUGGGGGGUAUGGGCAUGGACAACGCCUACAGCCAGGUCAUGUACAGCCCGGAAUGGGCGAGUCCGAACCCCUACUACGACUUCAACGACAUGUCGAGGCCGGUCAAGACGGGCGACGCACACGACGGACUUGUUCCCGACUACUUUGGCAACGAGCCCACUCCGCAGUUCAAGUGGGACCCGGCCAGCGGCGGCGUGGAAGAGUCGUGGGACACUUUCAUCAACGAUGCCGCAUGGACAAACGAAUGA